AUGGAAGCACCACCUCCUGUUAUUCCAUCUACUAAGAGGAGGAAAACAUCAGUUGUUUGGGAGUGUUAUCCCGAAGAUAAGUUUGUUACUAUUGGCGAUGCUACAUUUGCGGUUUGCAAGUAUUGCCAAAAAAAGCUGAAAUUACAAAAGACCAAGGCUACUUCCCAUUUGACACGACAUAUGGGUCAAUAUGUUGAAAGGAAGAAAGCAAUGGGGAAAGACUUGGUCGUGGAGGGACAAACAAUUUUGGGUUUUGAGCAUUCAACCUCAGGGGUGCCUACUCCAACUGUGGUUCGAGAGGCCUUAGCCCACAUGGUUAUGAUAUCUGAAUUGCCGUUUAAUUUUGUCGAGCACCCCGACUUCAUUAAUUUUUUUCACGUUCCGCAACCUUUUUAUGAAAAAGUUGGAAGAAAACAAGUAAAAGCUGAUUGCUUUAGGGUUUAUCAAGCAGAGCGUGAAAGAUUGAAGAAGGUUUUUGAGGAGACUAGAAGGAUCAGUAUUACUACUGAUCUUUGGAAGUCAGAUCAUCAAAGUAUUGAGUACAUGGUGGAAACUGUCAUAGUAGACAAUGCUUCUGCAAAUGAUAGUUGUGUUAAAAGAUUAAAGGAAGAUUUUCAAAUGCAGAGAACUUUGUUGUGUGAUGGAAAACUUUUCCAUGUUAGGUGCACUGCUGAUAUUGUAAAUUUGUUAGUUCAGGAUGGGGUGGCCGUGAUUAAACCCAUCAUAGACAAUAUUCGGGAAAGUGUAAAGUUUAUAAAAGCUAGUGAGGCAAGGCAAAAAAAUUUUGCCAAAAUUGCUAUGCAGUGUGGAAUUAAAGAGAGGAAGCUAGUUUUGGAUUGUGCUACACGAUGGAAUAGCACAUACAAAAUGCUAGUGACAGCACUGCAGUUCAAAGAGGUCUUUCUUCGGUUUAUGCUUGUUGAGUCAAGUUAUAUUUAUUGUCCAACAAGGGAAGAGUGGGAGAGAUUGGAGGUUGUCUGUGACUUCUUGGAAAUAUUUGAUGAUAUAACAAAAUUAAUUUCUGGGUCACAGUAUACCACUGCAAAUAGAUACUUUCAAGAAGUGUUUAGGAUAAAAGAGGUCUUGAGAGAGCGAGAAUUUGAUGAAGAUUAUUCUAUAUCAAUGAUGGUGCGAGCAAUGUCAGAAAAAUUUGACAAAUAUUGGGGUGAGGUGAAUUUCCUUAUGGCGAUUGCUAGCAUCAUGGAUCCCAGGAUAAAGUUUUUUAUGAUUACUUUGGCAUUUCCCACUUUAUAUGGUGAAGAAAAUACCCCUGUGGAGAUAGAAAAUGUCAAAAGGGCGUUAGAAAAAUUAUACGGAGAAUACGUUGACAUGUUGUCAUCAAGAAAUUCAUCAACCGUAUUUGCACAUCCACAACAUCAGCCAAAGACCCAACAAGCACCAUCAAGUACAUCAGGUAAAUCAUCAAGCUCUCGAUAUUCAGAAACUAGACAUUAUGGUCCUGGAUAUAGUUGGAUGCGUUUGAAGGAUCAUAAGGAGAAAACAUACUCAGUAGAAACUAAGAAGUCUGAGUUAGAAAUGUAUUUGGACGAGCAUUGUGUGGAGAUACCUGAUGAUGUCAACUCAGCGGACUUUAAUUGGCUUCAGAGAGCGCAUUUAGUGUGGGUAGUAGAGUGA